AAGGAACCUUCUCAAAUACCUGGGAGGGUCAAAGAGGGGAGUCCACUGUGGAGGACAGGCAGCAGCAGCCGGAAGGAACCUUCUCAAAUACCUGGCAGGGUCAAGGAGGGGAGACCUCGGUGGAGGACAGGCAGCAGCAGCCGGAGCCAGAGGAGGAGACUGAGAUGCCCACACUGGACUACAGUGACCAGAUAGAGCGGGAAGAUUAUGAGGACUUUCAGUACAUCCAUCGCCAGAAACAGCCCAGACCGACACCCAGCAGGAAGAGGCUCUGGCCAGAGCGCCUUGAGGAGAAGACCGAAGAGCCAGAGGAAAAGAAGGAAGUCGAUCCACCUCUGAAGCCCAUGCUGCCCCCUGACUAUGGGGAUAGCUACUUGAUCCCCAACUACGAUGACUUGGACUAUUACUUUCCCCAUCCUCCACCACAGAAGCCUGACGUUGGACAAGAGGUGGAUGAAGAAAAAGAGAUGAGUGAGUCAGAACAGGGAGAUAGCAGAGCAGGCUACCUCCUGAGGCCAGAUGUGUCUAGCAGAUGUGCCCCCAGCUCAACUUGAAUCCCUCUGUCCCCUGCUCAGCCCGGUCAUUAUCUGUAUGCUCCAUGUUCAGCCUGACCCCUCCCACAUGGUCUCAGGUCAGCCUGACCCUCAUGUAUCCAAGCUUAGCCUGACCUCUCCUGCUUGCUUUUAGGGUCUCAUAAGAACGGAAUGAUUCUGCCUAUUUGAAAACUCUUUUGAAAGGGUUCCACCCAUGUUCAAGACACUCAGUUUUUUUCUCA